CGCAUUUUACAAAACCGUUUACGUAUUCCAACGAACUCAGUGUAUUAUUUUACUUCGAUUACUUAUAUUUGAAGCAGUGUUCGAGUUACUGCAAUCUAGUGCAAAAUUAUUUAAAACAAUUACAGAAUAGUAUAUACCUUUUUAAUGCAUUCCUUGUUGUCUCGUGGAAAUGCGGUGCUGGCGUAUACGCUUAGUGUGCUAGUUACCUUAACGUUUGCUUGUUUCUUAUCCACUAUUAUGAUCGAUUAUAGAAAAGAAGCAACAUUGAAAACAUUAAAAGUUGAAGUCAAAAACCUACCAGAAUAUGGAGUAGGAAGAAAACUAAAUGACUUAGGUCACAUCACAUUUAAUGUAGAUGCAGAUCUAUCUAGCAUAUUUAAUUGGAACGUAAAACAACUCUUUGUUUACAUAACCGCAGAAUAUGAAACUCCUGCCAAUGAACUUAACCAGGUGGUUUUAUGGGACAGAAUCAUCAAAAGAGGUGAAAAUGCAGAUUUACACUUAAAAAAUAUUCGUACAAAGUAUUAUUUCUGGGAUGAUGGAAACGGUCUUAAGGGCAACAAAAAUGUUACUUUAACAUUAUCAUAUAACAUUGUACCUAAUGUUGGAGGAUUGCCACUUGUUGGUUCUAUUGGCUCACAUUCAUUUAGUUUUCCAUCACAAUACUCAUGAUGAUAAGUUCCUUAUAUAACGUUAUAUGAAACUGAAUUUUAACCAUUUGUAAUUAAAUAUAAUUUUGUGUUCAA